AUGUUCUUGAGCCAACCACCACCAAGGCGGAGAAGAGUCAUGCCCAAGGCACCUGUAUUUCACAAAUCUACUAAUAUUAUUACAUGGCCUGCAGACAAAGUCCCCGUGGAAAUAUUUACCCUCAUCGCUUCGUACCUCCCUCGGUCCACCAUUCAAAAUAUGCGACUUGUCAACAGAGAGUUCGAAGCGAAAGUAUCGGAAUAUCUGUUCAGGGUGGUGGUGGUACCAUUCAAAUCAGAAAUAUAUGGCAUUUCCAGCGCUCUUCACGGUGAAGUCAGUGAUUCGGCAGGAUCUGUGACUAUACAAGACAAAGGCAUGAAGGUUUUUGAAGGAUUUGGCAGCAGAAUUCGGAAAUUCGCUUUAAGUUUUGAAUACGAUGAGUACCGAUUAGCCUACCCACCUCUCAAGAGCGAUCAAGAGGCUAUCACAACAUUCUGGGGGAUCUAUCGCUGGCCAUUUCAGAAUUACAAUCGAUAUACUCAAUUAGAAGGAUUGGAACAAACGGCAGACGAAACUCGAACGAUGGCGAAAGCUUUAGGGUAUUUGAAAACGGCAAAUGAGCUUGGACUAUCAAUUGACGGCGGUCUGGGGUGGCUCCCCGGACCAGAUGUCAACGCAUUAGUUGUUGAAAAGGGGGAGAAGCCUGUUGUAUUUGGGUUGUCCAGAUUCGUGCCAGACCCCAGACACAAACCCACUCGAUGCCUCAAGACAUACCGAGCAUGUGACCCAGCUUCGGCAUUUUCGCAAAGCAAUACUCGUAUGUAUCAUGCUUAUGAGUCAAUGCUAAUAGAGGCCGGAUAUCAUGAAGACAACGUUGAUGCCGGAGUACGGUUAAUGAUGGAAACGGAAACUUCGUCAGAAGUGGAAGCGACUACCAACUCUGAUGGGUCAGCAGCAGCUUUUACUAGUUACGCCUCUCAAGCUAUGGAGUCGAUUUUUCGUCAUAUGAAUUCUCCUGAUUUUGUCCCCUGUAGGAGCGUGAAUGACUUGAUUGACAUCCAGAAACACAAAACAUCAGAGCAGCCUCUCAAGCCAAAUGAUCUUACAAAUGCUCAGAAGGAAAUGCUACUAGAGAUCGAAUGGGCUCAACGGGCAUUUUUACAAUCCUACGCUGUCGCCGUUAUAGAUAACCCGUCAACCUUUGAGAAUAUCAGGACACUCACGAUUGCUCGCCUUCCAAGCGGGCAUCUGCCUACCCUGCGACGGGGAGAUUUCUGGCAAAGUUUAAAACAUGUUGAAAAGCUCUCCUUGGGCGUCAUACCUGACUGGAGAGAAAUAUCGAAGCAGCCUGCAGGUUGGGUACAGGACCAAAAGACUCAGCCAUCGUUAGCUGUCACCGUUGCUUAUCAGAUCUUUCAUGAGCAGAUUGCACGCCGAGCGAACAUCAAAACUCUUCACUUUGAAUGGAUUUGUGGUGGCGAAUACGCUACCGGUAUGUAUUCGCGCAAUCAACUUAUCCUGCCAGCUCCCUUGGUACGUAAACCUACGCAUAUGGUUUGCAGAACUCGGCAGUUUCCUGUGUUAUAUUUGCCCUUUGUCGAGCAUCUCUCAUUGAAAAACUGCUGGGUUAGUCCUCAUGUUUUAAACGACUUCUUCGAGAACCAGAAAUAUUCUUUACAGAGCUUGAAGUUCGACUCCGUUUCUCUUUCGGCACCCAUUCCGAUGCUUGCAGAUCCAGGACCUGGUACUCAGAUCGGUAACGGGGCGGGAGGUGGAGUACCUACCCAGGGGGCUAUUCAGCACGCUGCAGCUUUCGCUCAAGCAACGGCCGUACAGCAAGCUCUUCAAGCACCACAGCCCGCCGUAAAUUUCCCGAACGGGCCUCCAAAUAUUCAGCAACUAUUAGCCACGACUGACCCAGUUCCAAACGGAUUGGAGUGGUUAGCAAUUCGGUUUGGAAGCUGGUCACAACUCAUUGACAACCACACGCCAGGCAGGCGCCUCGCAGACAUCCGAUACGAUCGCAAUAUUGGGGAAGAGCCAAUGUCAAGACCUUCUACAAAGCUCAAGAAAAUGGAGUUCCACUCCUGUGGCUACGUUCGCGUGAAUCUAGAUUUCGAACAAUCAAUGCUUGAUUCCCCUGAUGCGCCUGGUCUACCGCUCGCUGGUAAGAAAGACAACAAUUACGGAUCUAUAAUGCUCAACCCAAAUGACUAUUAUCUUGCGACUAUUGUCAAUCAUAUUUCACACAUGGAAACCGCCACCCUGGAAAAUGCUUGGAAUAUCGAGGUGGGCUGGCCUACUCGUUUGAAAAACUUGGUCGCUGAAUCAAAAUUUGACGGCAUCCCAGAUCCAGGCAAGGGACGAUUCGCGGGAGUCAUUGAAGCUACCAACCUCAACUAA